UCUUGAGCUCAGGUUUUGCUUUACUUUUUUUUCCCAUCAUGUCAGAGGUUUGGGGACCCUCCGGGAGCACGGUGAGCCCCCGGCAGCCCUGUGUCAGUGAACUUUGGGGUGCACACAGCAGGAAGAGGGUACCCAGGGCAGGCGGACAAACAUCCUGCAGCACGUCCGCGUGGAGCCAAAGGUGCUUUGGGGACAGAGGACACGCAAUUUCCACCUCUGUUUUGGUGCAGAAGACGUCUGAAUCCCUACGUUUGCAGGCAGCACCGUGCCUGGGUAAUAGUGGUGGUUUUAAGCCGUGUGUAGGCAGGUCCGUGUGUGAGGGUAUUGUCGGGCUGCAAGGUGCUGCUGGGCUUCCCUCAAGAAGUCUGUUCUGCUUGACCAUUUUUGCUGAUGUGCAGAAGUUACCUCUUCGGUCACUCUUUGUCACUUCUUGGGCCUUACUGCCCAUUUUUCUUCUUUCCGAAGGACACCUAAAGCCCCCGGCUCUGGUGUGGAAGGGAUGAAGUCCUUGCCUUUCGAAAGUGAGCAGGAUGGCCCUGGGGGCUCCGGGGGCCGUGCUGCGUUGGCUCCACGCUGCUGGUGGAUGUGGCACCUGCUGGGCAUGGGCACAUUGCUGGGAAAUAAUUAUGAUGAAAAUAUCUCAUCCCGUUUUAGAGAGAUGUUGAUGGGCACAAAGCAUCGCCAGGAGCUGGGGAGGCGGCUCCUGAGCACACACAGUCAGGAGCCCUUCAUCAUUUGGGGGUCGGACCCGAUGAUCUCUCAAGGUCCCUUCCAACCCCUGCAGUUCUGUGUUUCUGUGAUUUCCAGCCCCAGCGUCCUCUCCCCAUGCGCUCGCUGAAUUGCACGGGACCCAGUUCUCUGUCCUGCAGUAGCGCACAGAGCUCAGUUCCAGCAAACCAAGGACAACCGGGGGCAGUCCGGGUUUCCCAUAAGUUUCCAUUGAUGGUGCAAUUAAAAAAUAAAAACCCAGCCCUGGGCUUUUUUCAUGCUUUCCAAGUUUCCUAAAAGGAUCCAUCGCAGAGAAUGAAAAAAGCCCAGAUGGAGAGGUGAGGGAUGCCCCGAGCGGAUGAAAUCCCCCCCGUGAAGCCGGCAGUGUCUUCCAGUGCGCCCGGCAGUGCUUUGCUCCCUUCCUCCUUGCAGCAACCUCUCGCAUAUUUGAAGGCUGUUAUUAUGUCUCCCCUCAGCCUGCUCUUCUCUAGACUAAACAAAUCCAAUCCUUCAGCCCUUCCGCACAGGCCAAGUUUUCUCAGCUCCUGGUUGCAAUCGUUGCCUUCCCCUGGCCUCUCUCCAGUGGGUCGCACUCGCAGGGCUUUGGGGUCCCUCACAAGCAGAAGGGGGUGGAAAAGAAAACCCAGACAGAUCAAGUGGAGGCGAGCACCACAUUUCUCUGCUUGCUUGGCUUCAGGAGGUGGGAAAGGCAGCCCCACAGGUGCUGGCCGGGUGUCACAGCCCCCAGCACCAGAGGCUGUUGAUGCUGGGGGGCUGCGAGGAGCAGGAAAGGGGCGGAGAGCAGGCAGAGAGCGUGGCUGGCAGCUGCCAGGAGGACCUGUAAUGAGCAAACCACACGGCUUCCCCCAUACACGGCUCAGAUUUAGGGGUGGGGAGCAGGGAAGGGUACAGCAGGGCUCCCCUUUCCCCAGCCCCCCAGGGGAGAGGGAGAGGACGUGCCAUGCCACAGCACUGCUUUGCUGCAUCCCCUGGUUUCCAGACCGGGCAUUUCCCAUGGGCAAAGCCUCCCGCAGCAUCCAGCAUCGCCUGGGGCAGCCCCUGAGUGACAACACCACGCCAGGAAGGUGUAGGGCACACCACCCCCCUGAUUUCAUCCCACAGCAUUCCCAACCCAUUUUCGCACAUCUGGGGCUCAGUCCUCAGGAUGUCCUUCACCUUGCUGCCGCAGCUCUGAAGCACGGCUCUCUCCCAGUAGGCACAGAUGAGUCCUUCUCCCCCUUUGUAUCUCAAGCUGGGCUGGAGGAGUUGGAGGGCCUGUGUUUUAUUGCAGAAGAAAGCAAAGCAGCGAGUUCCCACGCUGCCUUUCAUCUUCUUCCCCCUGCUCCCGCUGUUCCCACAGCUCCACCAGAGCAGCUGGAGUAGGAGGCAAACGCAAUCACACUUCACCCCCCUCCUGUUCGGAGUGGUCCUGCGAGGGCUCCCCCAGGGACCAGACGGGCCCGGGGCGAGUGGGGCAGGACUUGGGACCGCCGGGGGUGCGUUCCCACCGAGGGUGGGCACUGCUCCCGAUGCCGGUGGGUGCCCACACUCAGCCUGGCAAGGUGACAGCACGCGGCAAGGCACGCUGUCACCCCGCUGUGCCUUCCUCCUCCACUCUCACGUGUGUCCUGCACUCACAUCCCCAUCGCUGUUUCUGGCUCGCUGACCUGCGAUCGCUCCAUGUGUCCCCCAUUAAGUGCUCGCCCAACGUUUUCCCGUUUGGAACAUCCCCAGAUCUGUUAAUUACCAGCUCCUGGUGACUCAACAGCGAUCCUGAGCCAGCUCCUUGAAAACUCCCCCUUUAUCUGAUGCUCAGCUGUUUAUACCUAGCAGUUGCUAUUUAACAUCCUCCCGCGGUGGUGUCAGGGUGGAAGGUUCAUUCACACCUGGGCCAGGAGAUGGGCACAUUUUGGACUCUCCCUGCCAUCCCUGAGGCCGAUGGCAUCCCCUCGUCCCCUGCCACCCCCGUGUUGCCAAGUUCUCCUCUGGCUCCUGGCUAGAUUCAUUCUCAACACUUCUUUCACUUCUGUCCUCAAGGCUGGGGGGUUUUGGCUGCUGGAAGUAUUUUGCCGUCAUUGUGAAACUCGAGUUUUCGAACCUCUGCAUCACUCGAGGAGAAUCCCAGCUGUUGGAGGCCAGCCCCAGACCUGCAGGCAGGGGACACAGCAGGACGGGGCAUGGGGGAUCCCCAGCCAUCGAGGCAGGCCAGCUGGCAUGUCCCUGGUGCAGAUGCUGUGAUAUCGAGAGCACUGGGGCUCUUCCAGCCAUGCACUGUGUGGGUUCAGUCAUUGCCCCCUUGCUGGGUGCAGGCAGGGGCCCCUUUCCUUGGCAGUGGAGCUCUGGUCCUGGGGCUGGUGCGACACCACCCGGCCUCUGGUGGCACCAGGAGCCGAUGGCAGGGAACCCGUGCCCAUCUCCCACGCCGCCAUCCCCAUCCUGAGCUGCAAAAUGGCCUUGCAGAGAGGAAACGAAGCUGGCUGCAAAGCUUGCGUUCAAAACCAGACGUUCAAAGGCUCUUCUGCCCCCGGGGCAAAUCCAACCGCAAUUAAAAGGGAAGGAAGGCAGGGGAGUGCUCGGUGUGGCAUGGAGAUGCCUCCUUUGCCAUAAAUCACCUCUGCGGGCGGUUGGGCAGGCGGCAGCCCUGCUACACCUGCUCUCCCCGCUCCCACAGAACUGCGCCCGCCGGCACUGGGAACGGCAGCUCCCUUCCUGCUUCCCCACAUCCCCGCCAAAAAGCAGGAGAUCGGGUCAGGGAUGCGCUCCUUGUCUCCUGCAGCAAGAAGCUUGGGGGAGAAAGUGCAGGAGAGGCAGAGAUGCUGGAGAGAUCCCAGUCCCUGUCCCCAGGGCACGGUCCACAUCUGUGCGGCACCGAGCUGCGGCUUUAUUGAAAUCCCUCCCAUUGAACGGUUGGUGAAAAAGAGAUUUCAUCAAAAACGGGAUGGAGCACAGCCUGGGAAAACCUGGCCGGGGAACUUGGUCCCCAUGGUGUCCCCAAGGGGUCGUGCUGGUUUGGCCACAGGGACCACGCUGAGCCCCUUGGGUGCUGGGUGGCCCCAUGUCCCGAAGCCGCUUGGUCUUUGUCCUUGUCUGCAGCAGCAGGAAAUCCUUCAGGAAAUGUCUCUCUCCAUCCUAACCGCAUAUUUAUUUCCUUUUCUUUGCAAGAAAUCUCUCUCUUUUGAUAAAGCAGGGCUGGAGUGGAAGCGCUGGUCAGCGCCCAGAAGCAGAGGCCAUUAAUCAGCAGGAGCAGGGCGGCUGCAUGCAAUGCCUGCCCCAAAGGACGUUGCCUGCAACACCCUGCAAACGUCCCCUGGCCCUGCAAGAGGCAAAUAAUUACGGCAGGCAGUUGGGAGACCUGGAACAAGUCGGUGCAGCGUUUUACAAGGUGUUUCCCAACCAGCGGGACAGCACACGAGCCAGGAGGCGAUGACUCACGGCAGCUGCGUGAGCUGCGAGGGUGGGCACGCUGCGCCUUGGUGAUGCUGGGGCGCCAGGCCCCCGGAGGUGGGCGCAUGGAAAUGCUCGCUCCUGGCUUAUUGGGAUGCUGCAUGGGGUUAGCAAACCUGCAGAAUGUUUUUUUUUUAUUAUUUUUUUUUUUUUAACCCUAGAACAGCAGGGAUUGGGAAGGUUUCUUGACCCUAAAACAUGCCAACAGCCAUGUGUGCACGGGGGCCCCAUAGAUGCUGGUUUGAGUCCUGCAGAGGUUUGGGGGUAUUGGGAGUGUUUAGUUAAAAAAAAAAAAAAAAAAAGUGGCAGUGCAUUUAUUUCCCUUCUCCCCCCUGCAAAUGGGAGGGCCAUUUGGUUAUAAUUAGGUAAUGAGUUAAUUAGGAUUAAUUAGUUAAUGUUUGCAAAGCACUUAGGAGAUGAAAAGCACCAGUGUAGUGCGGCUUUGUGCAUCCUCCUGCUCUUCUAGAGGGCUGCAGGACACUGCUCUGUGUGGGGGCAUGCUCCCAUUAACCCUUGGUGCCUGGAGCUUUGGGUACUGGGAUGAAAUCCCAUCCCAUGAGGAUGAGAAGCCUCAUCCCAUGGAGAGGAAGAGGCCUCUGCCGAGCUUAGCUGGGCCAGGACUGCAUCCUGGGGACAUCUUGGCUUUGUGGCACUGGGGUCCUGGCAGAGCUGGAGGGCGUUCACAGGAGUGGGGAAAGGAAAAGAGGCAGGCGUUAGCAGCUGCUCUCUGAGCUCUGGCACCCGGUUAAAGCUGACAGAGCUAAAGGUGCCGGAGCCACCCCACCUGGGAAGGACAGAUCCAGCGGGAUGGGUAUGGACACGGCUGGGGGCUGCAGCAAGGACGAGGAAAGCCCGGAGCAAACAGGGACGCUCCCAGCCCUGCAUGUCCACCCUGCUGAGGCCAAAACCUACCCUGGCGCAGUGCUAGGAAGCAGGCAUGUGUGCUGGGAGCUGCCUGUCCCGGCCUGCCAUCCCCGCCUUCGCCCCCCGGCAGCACUGUUUGAACCAGCGGGGAAAAUUCCAGCGGCUCGGGGGCCUCCCUUCCUGCCAGCGUCCUCUGGGCACGGCGUGCAGCACAGGGCAGCAGGAGGAACCCAAUGCCCACACACCCCCCGAUGGGGUUUUCCAGCUCAGCCUGCCCCCUCUCCCUCCUCAGAGGUGACUUGGUCCCCGGUGUCCCCUGCCAUGGCUCCUACCAGCUCCUGGCACCUUCCAGCCCGUGGCUGCAGGGCACAUGCGUGCCUGGUCCCCAGCUCCUGGCAGCAUCUGCGUGACCUGAAAAAGCAAGGAAUAGAAGCACGGCGGCAAUGUGGGCUCCCUGACCCUCCGGCUGCAGCGGCAGAGCCUGCUGGGCACUCGCACAAGGGUUACCAGGAGGUAACGAAGCCAAUUUAAAAAUUAACCGGGAUUAAUUUCCCUGUUUGCCCAAACACACACACCCCGCCGUGCGGUUUCCCUUCAUCCACUCUGGCUGCGGCAGGUAUGGCUCACACCCCACUCUUGCCCACAACAGGGCUCCAGGCAGGGUGUGCUUCCCUUCCUAUAGCGCUAACGAAGGAGCACUAAUGAGCUGCAGGGAUGCACUGGGGGGACCUCGGGUGCUUCUCUACCUCCAACGAGUGACCCAACACUGAGCAGCUCCGCUCAGAGCUUGGGCACCCCUUGGCCACCUUAUGUGUCCCAUGGGAUGUGGCUCUGCAUCACCCAAAUUUCCCAGUCUGACCCCAGGUGCUCCAGCCACGUGCUGGGGACACAAAUUAAAUGACGUGGGCUGGGACCCGCGCGUCCAAGUGGCUCCACCAUGGGACUGCCGUGCUCACCCCUUCCUCCAUCUCCCGCUGACUCAGUUUCCCCAUCAGUACCUUAAGGGGGAACCUGCUCGGGAAAGGGAAGAGUUCCAGAGACUGGCCUCCAUCUGUGUUCCCCACCCCCCCCCAAAAAAAAAAAAAAAAGGAAAAAAAAGGGUAAAAAAGGGUAUUUUGAUAUCAGCUGAGCAGGGUUCACUUAAACCAUGGAAAAAAACAGAUAUUGGUUCCUAGAGGGACUUGGGGAUGCGAAGGGACAUUCCCAGCCCCCUGGCACAAGGGCAGGGCUGCGUGCCCGGGUAGCCCUGGGUGCUUCUUCCCCGCCACGUGCCGCAGGCUGGGGCGAAGCGGGCGCGCGAGCUGGGCGCGAUGCCGGCCGAGCCGCCCCUUCCCCGCUCCGACAGCGCUUUGAUGAUUUAAUUUCAGCAUUUCUUCAGUCCCCAGCGGGUCCUGGAGGGGAGACAAGACCUGAAUUCCUAAUGCAGAAAAACAAGCAGAAAAAACAAACCCCUGCGGUUGGCUUUUUUUUUUUUUUUUCCUUUUUUUUUUUUUAUUUUUUUUCCAGCCUUUCGGGCCCGUCCUCCCGCACGGGCGAGGAACAAAGAGGGUGGUUAUUCCCCCCGCCGGGGGGGGGGACGCGGGGCAGGAGGGGCUGCGCUGGGGGGCUCGGGGGGACGCAGGGGGCUCUGCAGCCAAAGCAAAGCCUUGUUCGCUUUGGCUGCUGGCCAGCGGCGGGCCUGACUUUUGUGCUGCCUCUGAAAUGUGCAGCUCAACCCCCAGGGCAUCGCUCUCCCCCCCACCACCAUCCGGCUCCUUCCUUCCUCCCCGAGCCCCCGCUCAGAGCCCCUCUGGUGUGAGGGGUUUGGGAGAGGGACCCCCUGGUACGCCCCCAGAGCGCGGACGGGGGCUUUCCGCCAUCCGUUCCCUGAUUAUUUUGUGUCUCCACACGGCUUCUGGAGUCUCCUGGCCUGUCACCGCCACAGCUCCGACAGUUUUUGGCCAAAUUGAUAAGAUCUGGGGGAACAAGGCGGCGUUUCCCCAACAAUGCAUUUUUGGGGACAUCGGCCCUGCCUUGCCUUCCAGCGGCUUCACGGCUGCCCUGGUGCUGCAGGGAGCAGCCCGGGGGGUGCAGAGGGGCCCGGCCCCCCCCCGGCACCCCACGGCCGGGGCUGAGCACCCCACGGGGCCCUGCCCCACGCUGGUGUCACCCCCAGUGUCCCCUCAGCCCUUGUCCCCGGGGAAUGGGGACACAACAGGGACGAGAAGGGGGGGUGGGGGGGUGGAGGGAUGGACGGAGAGAUGGAGGGACGGACAGACGGCUGGAGGGGGCUGGCCGGGGAUGGCCAGGCCGCAGCCCCGGGCACCGGAGCGGCACCGACAGCGGGGGGGAGGCACCGGGGGGGGGGACCCGGGCACAGCCCCGAGCCCGCAGCGAAG